CAGAACCGUCCCGAUUCAUCCACCUUGCCCGUACAUACCAACCGCGCAAACACCAUAAAAACGUGACAUAGCUUAACAAAGACGUUCCCUUUAUUCGCCUAGAAAGAUCACUGUUCUCCCUGCUCUCACUAACCUCCCACCCUCGACAGAGAAAAACACCAGAAGAAUAAAAAAUGACCUUGGAGAUCGCUGUGAAGGCUGCCGCUGGUGCUCCAGAGCUUCUGGGAGACUGUCCAUUUUGCCAGAGAGUUCUGUUGACAUUGGAAGAGAAGAAGGUUCCUUACAAGUCGCUUCUUGUCAAUCUCAGCGAUAAACCUAAGUGGUUCUUGGACAUCAGCCCCGAAGGGAAGGUUCCAGUGGUGAAAUUUGAUGGCAAAUGGGUGGCUGAUUCUGAUGUCAUUGUUGGGAUCCUAGAGGAGAAAUACCCUGAACCAUCUCUUGUCACUCCUCCUGAAUUUGCCUCUGUUGAGUUGGUUAGCUUCUGGACCCAGAUAUGAAUCCUUAUCGAUUAUUCUGAAAAGUUGGAACUUUUUGUUUGCAGAGGCUCAAAGAUAUUCAUAUCUUUCAUCAACUUCCUGAAGAGCAAGGACCCAAGUGAUGGAACUGAGAAGGCGUUGGUCGAUGAGCUGAAGGCACUUGAUGAGCAUCUCAAGGCAAACGGGCCUUUUAUUGCUGGGGAGAAGAUCACUGGUGCAGAUUUGAGCUUGGCCCCGAAACUGUAUCAUUUGGAGACUGCUCUUGGCCAUUUCAAGAAGUGGAGCGUUCCUGAAGACCUGGGUCAUGUCAACAACUACAUGAAGACAUUGUUCUCCCGUGAGUCAUUUGAGAACACCAAGCCUGCUGCCAAAGAAUAUGUCAUUGCUGGUUGGGCACCCAAGGUCAAUGCUUGAACCAGUUCUCUAAUAUGAGUAGUGGUUGUGAGAUUCUGUUUGCAAUGUUGCUGAGGAUGUUGUACUAGUAGACUCUGCUACACAAAAAAAUCUAUUUGACGGAGAAGAAUAACGGUUAUGUACUCGAUCUUUAACGGUGGUGUGAUCACUUAGUCUUAUGUACUUGAGAAGAAUUGAGACUCUUGCCAUGUUGUUGUGGUAUCGAUACGUUGGUGUAUGUCUACCUUACUAAAUGUCGUCUCAAUCUAAGGAGUUAGCUGAUUGAUAAUGUGCGAGGAUAGAAUUCACCACAUCCUGUUCUCUAA